UAAUAGUAAGACAGUCUUAAUAAAUUAUUUGUCAGUGUUGUGGGAAUUAGUUGUUAAGCAGAGUGAUGGCAGGGGGAUGACAUUCGGAGGAAAAAACUGGGAGGAAGGGGGUUUGUGUGGAAUGGGGCUGCUUUGCCAGGAACAAGCCCAGGAUUGGGUCUCCUAUGAUGGGGGUUGAGCAACGUCUUGAUGGCCUCUGCUUGCCUCUUCCCUCUUAGGGAGGGAGGAAUGCUGGCUGCUUUCAAACUUGGUUAUUAGUACGAGCUGCAAGAACCUCUGGCCUCUUGGGCUGUCUUUGAAAUCCUCCCAUUCCAGGAAGCCCAAGGAACAGAUUCCCACCAGAUACCUGUUUUGGCUGCUCUAUAAAUACAGUCCUUCCUAUCUUCCCCUCUUGUCACCCGCCUCUAACUCAGAGUUUCCUUAUCCAGGAUCUCUUCUUCUCCCUGUAAUUAAGAGAUCUGUUCUCUUUCCUUCCUAAAAGGGGAUUUUAUUUGCCUGUUGAAUCGAAACCUGGCUUCUUGGUUUAUGGAUCAUGUUGCACAGCUAAGCACAUUUGCCUUUUAUUGUACUUAACUUUAGAUUUGUUUUAGAUCUGCUCGGAGCCCCAGGAAAAUAAUUUAGAAGUUAAAGUGCCUGAUCUAUCUAUUUUUGGAACCCAUACUUAAUGGUAAACGCACCCCAUGGUGUGCUUUUGAAUUAGAGUGCCAGUUCCAUUUAUUUUACAUAUUCAGCAUAGAGACCCUCAUUUCUGGAGUUCCUAAAUUUGUACGAUGUCCUUGGUAGAUUUGGGAAAGAAGCUUUUAGAAGCUGCUCGAGCUGGCCAAGAUGAUGAAGUUCGCGUUUUGAUGGCCAAUGGAGCACCUUUUACUACAGAUUGGCUGGGAACAUCUCCACUUCAUCUAGCAGCACAGUAUGGCCACUAUUCAACUACAGAAGUGUUACUACGAGCAGGAGUAAGUCGAGAUGCAAGGACCAAAGUGGAUCGGACACCACUUCACAUGGCAGCUUCAGAAGGCCAUGCAAGCAUUGUAGAAGUUUUGCUUAAGCAUGGUGCAGAUGUAAAUGCAAAGGACAUGCUGAAAAUGACUGCUUUGCAUUGGGCCACGGAGCACAAUCAUCAGGAAGUAGUGGAACUCUUAAUAAAGUACGGAGCAGAUGUCCAUACCCAAAGUAAAUUUUGCAAGACUGCGCUAGACAUUGCCAUAGACAAUGGAUUUGAAGACUUGGCAGAAAUUCUACAGAUCGCAAUGCAGAACCAAAUCAACACGAAUCCUGAAAGCCCCGAUACAGUGACGAUUCAUGCAGCAACGCCACAGUUCAUCAUUGGGCCUGGCGGAGUUGUGAAUCUAACAGAUGAGAGUGGAAUGUCUGCUGUCCAGUUUGGCAAUUCCUCAACUUCAGUUCUGGCAACUCUGGCUGCCUUAGCAGAAGCCUCAGCUCCACUGUCCAACUCAUCAGAAACGCCAGUUGUGGCUACAGAAGAAGUGGUGACCGCCGAAUCUGUGGAUGGUGCAAUUCAACAAGUAGUUAGUUCUGGAGGUCAGCAGGUUAUCACCAUAGUAACAGACGGGAUACAGCUGGGAAAUCUUCAUUCCAUUCCCACCAGCGGAAUGGGUCAACCCAUUAUAGUGACCAUGCCAGAUGGGCAACAAGUACUUACAGUACCAGCCACAGACAUUGCAGAGGAAACAGUAAUCAGCGAAGAGCCCCCAAUGAAAAGACCAUGUAUUGAGAUAAUUGAAAAUCGGGUGGAGUCAGCAGAAAUCGAAGAAAGAGAAACGUUACAAAAACAGCUGGACGAGGCUAACCGGGAAGCUCAGAAGUAUCGCCAGCAACUUUUGAAGAAAGAGCAAGAAGCAGAAGCUUGCAGGCAGAAGUUGGAGGCCAUGUCCCGCCUCCAGACUAGCAAAGAAGCUGUUUGAGUGGGUGAAGUGAGCAUUCUAUUCUAUACAGGAUAAGACAACCGCAGAACAAUCUGUUUCUGCAUAACGCAUAUUGUAGGUGCAGAACUGAGAUUCUUUGUCAAAGAAGAUGCUACUGGACUUAAGCCAUGAGCUCUAGUGAAUUUUCUUGUAUCAUAAAAAAAAAACCUCAGAAUUUAGACAUUUUUGUGCAAAAUAUUUAAAAAAAGAAAAGAAAAAGAAAUACUGUAAAUAGUUUUUUUUUUUACAGUUCCAAAAUUAGUUGUUUAAUCUUUUUGGAAGGGAUCCACAAACCUGCAAUGCCAAUGUUUUUGUGACUUUUUUUUAAAUUUUUAGUUUACUAUGACUCUUCUGAGAUACAGAACAGUUUUAACGAGGAUAACUGUCGAUUUAAACUGUGCUGUGUUAAAUGAAUUAUGUGACAGAACCGAGCUUGAAUGCUAUGAAUUAGACCCCUUGACUAAAAUUCAUUUCCUGAUUAUUGUUAUUAUCCUUUGUACAGCUUUAAGGAGUUGGCCGAGGCCUCCGAACAAUGCCCCCCCUUUUUUUAGGGAAGAAAAAGUGUAAUUUUUUAUAUUUAAUUCCUGAUAUAUUCAAGUAGAUUGACAUGUAUAUGAAGCUGAUAUUUUUAAAAAUUUUCAGUUUGUACAUAUGCUGCAUGUUUUUUUUAUGAUUUCUAUAUACAUCUUCCAUAAGUAUUUUUCAGGAAAGAGGAUGAAAAAUUAUGAUUAAAAAAAAAACCUCUAGGCUGCAAGUGGGUAACUUUGGCAACUUUACGACCUGUGGACUUCAACUCCCAGAAUUCCUGAGCCUGGCUCAGGAAUUCUGGGAGUUGAAGUCCACAGGUCGUAAAGUUGCUAGAGUUGCCCAGCCCUGCUGUAGGUCAUGGGGGUAGGGGGUAAAUGAAGAAGCCGAUGAAUAACUGUGGGUCAAUUGUUUUUCUUUUCUAUCGGGAGCCCUAUUUCUUAGAGGGAUGUAACUUGGGAGAAGAAAAAGAAAACAAAAACUAGUAUUUAUGUAAUAUAUUAGCUAUAUGAAAAUAUUACCCUUAGCGCAGCCAAUCAUAUUUUCAGGGUGUAAUGGGAUAAUUCUGCAGAUGGAGAACAAAUUUCAAGUCCUUUCCCCCCAAACUCUUAAGCUUAACCUCUCCCCCUACUAUGCUGCCACCUGCUGGACAGGAUGUUAAGAUUCACAUCACAGCAACCCUUUGUCUCCAUUCACCCCCCCACCCCCUCAAAUGCAAAUGCGGGAUAAGGAUCAUAGGCUGAUAUCUGGAAUUGGAUAUCCAGGCUGUCCUCCCAAGAAAUCUGUUGGUAAAUGGCACACAAGUGUGUCCAUCUCUCACAAUACCUUUAAUCUGAGUGGCCAACUGACAGCAGGUACCGAUGAUGAAACCUCUUAAAACAGUUCACAAUACAUGCCCCACAAAGAUUUUAUCACCUGCUAGAGAUUGUCAAAAUAAAAAAAGGGGUGGGAGGAAGUAAUUUGAAGAAAUGGCAUCUCACCACACUUCUCCAAGGGGACAUCCCUCAAGCGUUGAAGGUCAUGAGACUGGAGAAGAGGAAGUUGGGCAAACCAGUGACUUCCUCACCCUCCUCCUUUCCAUGGUUGUGGCUGUUGUAUACCGAUAGCCUAAAACGCUAGAAAAUUCGUCACAGUUAUUGAGGUCAUCUCUUCCACAACAUUCCCACUAGGGCUGCAAAACGAACAGGGGUCAUAGAAGAGUCUGAAGUCCUUGCAUGCGUUUUAUCUAGGAGCUACCUAAAGCGAAAAUCCACAUUCUCUCUGCUCGGCUACCAUCCCUGUGGCUUUUUCCACUCCCUUCUUCCAACAAAGCUUACCGAAGAAAUGCUCCUCCUUCACAUUUGUGCCCAUCGUCUCAGUCGUAACAGUACCACUAAUACACACAGGUGCACGUAAUUUUCACCCUUUCUAUCCGCCCAACAGCAUUUUAAGACGGUCCUAAAUCAUGACUGACCUCUAAGGGGCAGCUUUGUGUGGCCGUUUGGGUGGUUGCCUUCUGUUAUUUUGGACAGCUCUGAUGUUGUUUUAAUUUGUGUGGUCUUCACGGGGAGACAAUUCUUACCAUUUCCGGGUGAAUGGCGUUUUGAAAUUUUCAGUUUUUACCUGUCUUUUCUCUCUUCUCCUACGCCAUCCAGGUUUAUUGGGACUCAGCACCCACAUUUGCUAACCAGUAUGAUCAGCGGUUAUUGAUGUAGAGUUUGAAGUCUGCCAUGGUUGACCUAUAUUAAAUUGUGAAGGAGUGAUUUGGGCCUUCAAGUUAUUGUGGGGAUAAUAUAUACCAAGGUAUAGGAGGCCAACCCCAAGUACCUUUACACAUGAAAAAAAAAUUCACUGUUAAAAGAAAUAAGGAUGUUUUUAGACCUGAAACUUGUAAUAUAUCCUCAAAAAAUAGAUCCUUACUGGACUUCAGCCCAGAACAAAUGUUACGAAACCUACUAAAGGUUUUGCAGCUGAUGGAAAGGAAUGAAGAGUAGAUCUCAUUGUAGAUGGGAUUUGAAUAUAAAGAGAAAAGAGAUGGCUCCCCCUUCCCCCUCACCUUGUCUUGUGUGAGCUUUGUACUUGCACUCAGGCAACAUAAGGAAAUAUUUAUAAACAUUUAUUUCCUUAUCAGUCACCGUUGAUGUAGUUGGGUCUACAUCAUUGCAUUUCCUGCUGCAAGUGUUGACCUGCAGAGACCCAGGAACAUCCAGAGAUUGGUUGGCUUUCGGAUAAUUCACAGACCAUACUGCCUUAAAGAUUUACCAAGUGCUACAAACGCUUUACCCUUUGUUCAGGCUUCUGUGCAGCUCCCUUUCUUUCCACGUAUACCUUGUUAUUUUGAUUUGUGCUUUGCUUUGUUUAUCUUUCAGUGCUUUUAUGAAACGUAUAACUUUAUAAAUCAUCUAGAUUACCUAUACGGAAGAAUUGCCCUUAAAACUGUCUUUGGCCUACCUUUUUCUAUUUACAAUUAAAUAUCUUUUCCACA